AUUAUCCGGGUUAACCUAUUAUCCGGUUAAUCACCUUUUCCAUUUCCUCAACUUUUCACCACUAUCCCUAUUAUUUCAUAUUUCAUGUCUCUCUCUUCAUCUUCACCUUCUUCUCUCGCCGUCUCUCUUCAUCUUCACCUCCCCUAACCCUAGCCGCCACUACAAUCCCUUCUUCCUUCCAUACAAACUCUUCUCCAUUCUCUCAUAUUUUGCACGAAAAAUACAUAAAUCGCGGUUUGGUGUCGUUGUUGUGUGAACCAAGAUUUUUUGGCAGCUUCAUCUUCAACCCAUUCAACCCAUUUUCACUCAUGAAAAGUACCCUUUCUUAACCACAACAUCUAAACAAACCUGGAAAUUGGUUUGGUGUUCGAUUUGAAUCUGAAGUAGAGAUCGAUUCGUGACUUCGGCAUAAGGAGAGAGGGGAGAUGAACUUCAGUGGUUCACACAACGUGAAACAUCCCCAAAUUCUGUGUUGCAGAUCUGUGUUGCGGUUAUGUUGCAGAUAUGUGUUGCCCUUACGUUGUUGUUGCGUGUUGGGUUUGUUGGUGGGUCAUAUGUUGUUGUUAUGUGUUGCUCUUCUGUUAUUCUAUGUUUCUUAGAAAAUUCUUGGUGGGCUUGUGACAUUUUGACGACUAAGUUCUUGGGUUGAUAACAAAUGGUCUAUUAAUUGUAAUUGAGAGAAAAAUAUGCUGGAACAUCUUGGGAUGAGCUCAAGCACAUAAGACAGGCGGUUGGAUUCUUGGUAAAUGUUUCCUGUUUCAUAAUAUGGCACCAUUUACCUUACUGAUGUUUCAAAAUAUUGAUAAUUAACGUGGUUUACUAUGCAUUAUGUUAUGCUUCCACUUAUUGUAAUUAAUUAGAAUCUGAAAAUUUUCUCAAUUAGGUUUUAUCAUAAGAUAAAUCUUGUCUAAAUACUCAUGUGGCUUUGCGUUGUGCUUCACUUAAAUCUUUUUAACCGUCAAAAUGAAUCUCUUAAUGGUUUUAGGAGAAAGAGCAUGCUCAAAUGAUUUUCCAUAAGAUCUGUUUGAUUAUAUUUUGGCUAUCAGUGAUUAAGCUUUCAUUUAAAAUUUGGGUUGAGUUUAACUCAAUUUUAUAAAUCUGCCUUGUGAGUAGCAUUGUUAGGAUUCACUAUUUCUUUUUCCUUCUGAAGAGCUGAAUCUUGCUGGUUAGCAAAUAUCACUAUUUCUUGUAUUAGUUAUUAGUGGACUUGAAAAAGUAAAUGCGGUAUCAACAAUGAUCUUUUGGAGUCCUUAUAAGUAUGUUUACAUGCCUUUUUGAUAUUUGUUAUAUAUGAAUGUAUCUGUAUUUAACAACUUUUAUGUUUCAUUUAUAUGGAUCAACAAUUAGAUGGUUGAACCAUGCUUUUGAAUACAAGUUAUGAAGGUUGUGGAGUUAGGAAUGCAGGUUAUGGAGUUAGUAAUACACAUUUAACAAUUAAAUGACUCACAUUAUAGAGUCUCACAACUUUCUUUGUUUUAUCCUCAUUAGUUUAGUGCUCAAUUCACUGCAGUCAUUUAAAAUGAAAACAAUGCUCAAUUCACUGCAUAGAAUUCGCGACAUUAGAACUGGCUGUAAGUCUUUUUCUUUUUAUGUCAACAUUUUCUUCUUCUUACAAUGGCAUGGAUUAAUGGUUUAGUUAUUAACCAUUUAAUUGAACGUGUUUCAGCACUUGAAUUCUGUAGCUUAAUUAGUGACACACAUGUAUUUCUAUCCCUGCAGCUUCUUCAAGAGCCUGGCUCAUAUGUUGGUGAAGUUGUCAAAGCUAUCGACAAGAACAAAGUGUUGGUCAAGCAGGUCUGCAUUGGAUCAAGCAGUUGUAGUGUUAACACAUAUACAAAAAGGAUUUUCCCUGGCGGAGGAGAAAAUAUUUCAGAAGGCCGAGAUAUAGCGCCUGCACCGGUUCAACCAUUCCAUCCGAAAAUAAAAAUAAGAAGAGGAGUAUUGGCGGCAGAGUGUGCGGAUGUAAUGCAGCAAUUCUUUCAACUGAGAAGGAAAAAUAAGAAGGAAGAGGUACUAAAGGAACCCUCUUGCCUUCCUGUUACUCAUCACCAUCCUGCCAAGUUACUUAAUAAGAUACAUGACAUAAUUCAUGUAAUAUUUUGUCUCUAAUAGGCUAGCUAGGUUGACAUCAUAUUUUGGUGAAUAAUACAUCAAUCAUAUUUUGGUGAAUAAUACAUGAUGUGGAAUGUAAUUUCAACCACCGAUUGCAACUUUUAUUUCAAGAAAUAACAUUGAACGCCACCUAUAAAUGAGAUAUUCCAACCAUAUUGUUUA